CACCUUUCAUAGAUGUGGGGUGACUUUUGGGUUAUCACUCUGAAAUAUUAGUAUAAGAAUCAUUUUUGUUCCAAAGUAUCCGAUAAUGAUGGAUUUCCGACUGCAAAUAAUGGGACACAAAAAGAAAGAACUUCUUUCGUCCUAGUGGAGAUUUUUGGUUCGGCAGUCCUCGUUAUUUGUUGGGGCUUGAAUACAGCUUCUUCUAGGACCCAGCACAGUUUCUUGGCAAAUGGCAGAUAUAACCACGUGGACCGUUCUUUCUUUCCUUCUUGUUCCGCCUUGUGCGUUCCAAUCUCGGAGGUGGCAAUGGAGUUAGAAGCGAUCCGCUACAGCAGGGGAUGCCUGCAAAUCCUCAACCAGCUUCUGCUGCCUCACCAAAGCCUCUACGAGGAAAUCGGCAGCGUUAACCAGGGCGGGGAAGCUAUCCGGGCCAUGAAGGUGCGGGGUGCUCCAGCCAUUGCCAUUGUAGGCUGCCUGAGUUUGGCAGUGGAGCUGUAUGCUAAAGGAAACGUAGAACAGACGGUGAGCAACCUUGAAAAGUUUGUGUUAGACUCCCUGUGCUACCUAGUGAGCGCCCGGCCUACUGCAGUCAACAUGGCCCGGGCAGCUCAGGACUUGGGCCACUUUGUCUGCCAGGAGGCCAAGCGCGAAGGGACAACUGCCGAGAGUUUGCGAGAAAGUGUGAUCAGCUGGGCAGAAGCCAUGCUGGAUAAAGACCUGAAAGACAACAGAAGUAUCGGGGAACAUGGGGCGUGCCAUCUCCUGCAGCAAGUAGGGCAAGGCAACGUGACUGUCUUGACCCACUGCAACACGGGCUCACUGGCCACCGCUGGCUAUGGUACUGCACUCGGUGUUAUUCGCUCCUUGCACACCAUGGGUCGUUUGGAGCGUGUCUACUGCACAGAGACAAGGCCGUACAAUCAGGGAGCCCGGCUGACUGCUUACGAAUUAGUGUAUGAGCAAAUCCCUGCCACGCUCAUUACUGACAGCAUGGCAGCUGUGGCCAUGAAAGAGAAAAAGAUAUCAGCUGUCUUUGUGGGAGCAGACAGAGUUGUUGCCAAUGGAGACACUGCCAACAAAGUGGGUACCUAUCAGCUGGCUAUUGCUGCAAAGCACCAUGGGAUUCCCUUCUAUGUGGCAGCACCCAGCACCUCAUGUGACCUGAGCUUGGAACAUGGUGGACAAAUAAUUAUUGAGGAGCGGCCAAGCCAGGAGCUGACUGACAUCAAUGGUGUGCGGGUUGCAGCACCAGCCAUUGGUGUUUGGAACCCAGCCUUUGAUGUCACCCCUCAUGAUUUGAUAACUGGUGGCAUUGUCACUGAAUUUGGUGUCUGUGCUCCUGCUGAACUUCAAGCAGUGCUGACACAGGCAGUGAAGAAAGUAUGAACAUGUUGAGCUAAGCUGUUUCUGGAUUCCUGGACAAGAAUACAAAUCAGCCAGACUUUGAAUCUCUUACAUUACAGAGAUCAGCAUUUGAGCUUGGUGGGAUAUAUUUCUAACCCAACUCUCUGCCUUUAUAUUUUUACAUAGUAAACACUCUACCUUUUCCUCAAACCUCUGUGUGUGUGUGUGUGUGUGUGUGUGUGUGUGUGUGUGUUUGCAAUGAGAACAUACUCUGUGUGUCUUAUGGUGUGGAACUGAGAUCUAGAUCAGAGAAUGUUGUUCUUGUUUUUAUUCAGUCACUGUAUAGUGCAUGGAUCUUUAGGUACUUUAUAAAUAAUAUACGAUGAUGAUCUGGCUCCUUAGCAAUUUGUGGCUCUUUAGAUCCCUUCUGCUGCAGUCAAGAGGGAUGUUCCUGUUCUUCAGGAGCAGCAGCGAAGAAUUUGAGUCUUCUUUCACAUCUCCCUGCACCCUUACGGCAGAACUUACAUCCUUGAGUAUUCUUAAGCUCCUUUGAAAGAAAGCUGCGAUGGUCUUACUUGCACAAAAGCAAAUUAAUUCUUGUGCGAGCUUGUCUCUUGAAUUGGAGCUAGCUGCUUUCUGGCUUUUACAUAUUCCCUUUUUUGCUUCACAAUGUGCCAUACUAAAAUAGACUUCCUUUGACGUAAUGUGAAUUUGUAUGAAUCCUGCUUUCUACUAUUGUUCCGUUAGAUUGGUGGCACUAGGAUGUUUUGGGGAGUAGCCUUAUGUUUGUGAAAAUUCCCUCCCCAGGGAUACAAUUGGACCUGGCUCCAUCUUUUACUGGCUUUUUAACAGCCCUUGGAAAUCUUUUUGUUUGGAUCUGCUUUGAGUGAAGAUGCUGGGCUUUGAAUUUGAUUGUUAAAACUGUUGUGGUAAUUUUAACUCCAGGCUGGGGGACCAUUUUUCAGCUCAAGAGCCGCAUUCCUUUCUGGGCAACCUUCUGAGGGCCACAUGCCAGUGGUGGGUGGCGCCAGAUGCAAAAGUGAAUGGAGCAACUUUGUAUAGUAGGCUAGUUUCUACAGAUGUUCAUUUGUAUCUAUCCUCCAAGUGAUAGUAUCUAAGAUCAAGGACACAUUUCAGCCAGGCAAAAGCACUUGGGGUGCAAAGCAAGCCAGUGAGGAUUAUGGCCUGGGGAAAGUUCCAAGGGCCAGAUACAGUGGCCUGGAUGGUUCCAUUUGACUCCCGGGCCUGAGAUUCCCUAUCCUUUUUAAAACGUUUUUUGGCUGCAGUCCUACAGACAUAGCAAAAAGUUCUAUUGAACUUAAUGGGGCUUACUCCUGAGUAGACAUAUAGAAUUGCACUGUUCAUCUGGCUUUCUGGCCUGGGGUAUGUAAUGCUUUUAAACUGAUGCUUUAGUUUUUUGUUUUUUUAAAAUGCAAUACAGAAUAUUUAAGUUGCAUUUUAUGUUUUUAAUCAUGUAUAAGAAUUAUUGCUGGAGGGCUUUGGCCUAGAAGGCAGCAUAUAAAUGCCAAUAAAAUAAUGGGAGAAGCCUGGAGUAGGAAGAGAUGAAAGUGUGGGUUGAAAAUUGUAUUGUCUGCCAGUACCUUCUGUAGUACAUAGUAAGAAUAUAAGACUUGCUUUUCUGGAUCAGACUAAAUCUCUAGACUUUGCCUUCAAGCGUAGCCAGGCAGCUAACCCUGGAAAGUUCACAAGCAGGGCAUGAGAAAGGUAGCUGUCCACCCUCAUUUGCUAAUUGGAGUGAAAUCACUACAGAGUAACUACAGGGAACAUGCACGUCUUGAAUUAUUUGUUCAGAAUAGGUUUUGUGUUUUGUAGUGUAUAUCCCUUCUAGGGCAUAUGAUCCUUUGGUUAAAUAUUUAUUUUAUUUUUAGUUUUGCAAGUAAUUUUGCUAUGUCAAAACAUUUUCUUCCCCUCAAAAUUACACACUGAUUUAAAUGGGUAUUAGUAUUAGUAUUAUUGACUGCUAAGGCUUCAGAAUGGCUAUGUUUGAUAAUUCCUUCCUGAUCUUAAUUUAACAAAUGUUUCCUUAAAGUCUUUCAGUGGCACUUACUUUCAGAUAAGGCAUAUUUGACCAAUAUAUAUGAUACAGGAAAGCUAUAAAAUGCCAUAAAACACAUUGUAAAUUCCUACAAAGCUAUCUAAUAACUGUUCAGCUGCUAGCUCUUCGUAUUCCAAAAUUUUCCAUGGAAGAUUAGAGAAUGCUGUUCCAUAGGUCUGCUCACUUUUAAUGGAUCCAGACAUACAAACAGCAGCAUAAAUAAAUUUGCUUGUCAGGAGAUUCUUUGUUCUGGAGUUAGGAUAGUACAGUGGCAAGAGGGAUCCAAAACACACCUCUGUCAUGCUAGUUUCAAGCCAUCAUCUCUCAGCUUUAUGCCAGAAAAAAUAUCAACACCUUUCAGACAGAAAAGAAGGAUUUGUGUGUGGAUAGCAACUCUAUUUUAGGGCCAAACUAGGUAUGCCGUAUCGCACCCAGUUAACAAUUAGUAAAUUGCAGGCAUGAUGGAGUUCAGUUUGGGUAGAGACUGUGACAUGGAGAAUGGGGAGGGGCUUUAAUCCUUUUACCCCUGCUGUGGUCCCUCCAGGAUUGGGACCCCCUUGCUUGCUGUCUGCACUGAGAAAAAAGUCUCAAUUGGAACCCUCCCCACCUCAAUGCAAAUAACAAGUAAGGAGGAUCCAAUCUAGAACAGGAGCUCCGGUGUGGGGUGGGUGUUUGUGUGCAAAGGGUUAAAUCCCCCCCCUCCAUGCCAGCAUCCUGAUUCAGAUCUGGACCCCUGCAAUUUACUUUUUAAAAAGCUGUUCAUGGAAAUGCUAAUUGUGUGAAUGUCAUCGCAUCUAAUUUGGCUCCGCGUCUUUUCCUAUCCUUUGGGCAUAAUCCAUUUCUUUAAAAUGUUUCACUUGGCCAGGCGGGACUUUAUAAUCUAUAUUUUAAAUUCAUAACAAAAAGUAGCACAAAAAUAAGGGUCAAAGGAAUCACCAUUUAUCCCCUGGGAAAAUUGCCUCCAUGAGGUUAAGUUGGCUUGAUUGACCACCAUUUGCAGCAGCUAUGGAACUGGCCUUACUUUUUAAAAAUUGUUUCAUCAAUUAAAUGAACUGGAUCUGAAGAUUUACGAAUGUGUAUUAUGACUGUUACACAGCUAGUGAUCAAAUCGGCUAUAACAACCUGAUCUGUGUAGCUGAGUUGCAUUCAACUGAGUCUAAUGAUUUUUGUUUCACCAACUCACAGAUGGACUCUUGAUGCACUGUGUUCAUGAAAAGUCCUAAUGUGAAAAUUUGCUUUAAGGUCAGGGUAAUUUAAAUAGCCUGUCAAGAGAAGCUUUUAGAAAACCCAGUGUGUGACUAUAAUCCACAAGAUUUCUCAUUAGGCAUGCCUUAUAUUAAGCAUCGAUUUUGGCACAGUUCCUUCAGGUGGAAAGUAGCUCUGUCAGCAGUGUAGGGUAAUAGUGGGUGUUUUAAAAAUAAUUUCUUUCUCCAGAAGUUGUAAUGCCUAUUUAAUGGUCUUGUUGGAAAGGUUAAAACCAGUUAUUGUUCUUUCUUUUUUUUAAAUACACCUGGCAUUUCAACUGUAUUGUGGGUCAAACAAUUAGCAAUCACCCAGCAAUCACAGAAUAUUUUCAUUACACAGUGCAGAUGUUGGUAUAACCAUGUGUGACUCUUUGCCAAGAGCAGGUUAACAAGUAAUUUACUCACUGCAAUGAAUGAUGGCACAGCCUACAUUCAAUCUAUUGUUACUGCUUUGUUAUGUGCAUGCUGCUAUAUGUGUACCUUCCAGUUCACAAGCAAAUGAUUUUUUAAAAAUUGAUAUUUUAUUCCAGCUAUUGCUCACAAAACCCAAUUUUUCUUUUCAAAAGAAAAGCAAAUGGCACAUGAGUUUUGAUCGAGACAUGCUUUUACGAUGUAACAUGGUCAUUCCCAGCAUUUGUUUACACUUGUAAUUACCUGUAAUGGUUUUUAUAUUUUUGUUUAAUAAUAAUAAUAAUAAUGUAUUUUUCAAAAGGGGGGGGGGCUGGGGUUGCGUGUUCACUUGUGACAAACAGAUUUCAUCCAGAGAAACUAGAGACCAUGUUAAGUGACCAAGAGAUCCCCUUGUUGGACAAUGGGGUUGAAAGAUGUUAAGUGGCCCAAAAACCACAGAGUGAGAGUUUGGUGGCACAGAGUGGGGUCUUCUUUGUGUGUGAGAGUGAGGGGGAUUGAGUGGGCUGCCCCAAGUGAAAAAUGGAGUGGGAACUGUUGCUAAGGCCAUUUGGUUAUUUUAGUUGAUUAUAUGUCCCAUUUCCUCUAGCCAGGUAUUUAAUUAACCUGCAAAUUCUAAAUGUUGUCCCUACCACAGUUUAGCUUUGUUUGUUUUAUAAUGGAGGUGUUAAUUUGUUUGUCAUUUACUAGACUUGUUUUGA